GUGAGCCAGUCCGCGGCUGCUGCGGGGAGGGGGGAGGAGUCAGGCCCUGCGAUGGCGGCGGCAAUGACACCAGUGUAGGAAGCAGCGCGGGUCAGUUCAGCGGUCAGGUGUCCCAGGAUGCCCGGCACCGCGCAGGCGCCGUGAGCGGAGAGGAUCAUGUCAGCCAUGGCUCCUGUGAGCUUUGACGGGAAGGUGGUGCUGGUGACCGGGGCCGGCGGAGGUUUGGGAAGAGCAUAUGCCUUGGCAUUUUCGGAAAGAGGAGCCUUUGUAGUUGUAAAUGACCUUGGGGGUAACAUUAAAGGAGAAGGCAAAGGAUCAUCUGCUGCAGAUAAAGUGGUGGAAGAGAUAAGAGCAAAAGGAGGCAAAGCUGUGGCCAACUAUGAUUCCGUGGAAGAAGGAGAAAAGAUUAUUCAGUCUACUUUGGAUGCCUUUGGAAAGAUAGAUAUUCUUAUUAACAAUGCUGGAAUUUUGAGAGAUCGUUCCUUUGGUAGAACAAGUGACUUGGAUUGGGAUUUAAUUCAUAGAGUUCAUUUGAGAGGCUCAUUCAAGAUCACAAGAGCAGCAUGGAACCACAUGAAGAAUCAAAAGUUUGGCAGAAUUAUUAUGACUGCAUCUGCUGCUGGGAUAUAUGGAAAUUUUGGGCAAGGAAACUAUAGUGCUGCCAAACUGGGAUUACUGGGUCUUUCUAAUACACUUGCUAUUGAGGGUCUAAAAUACAACAUCCACUGCAACACAAUUGCCCCAACGGCAGGUUCCAGAAUGACCCAGACUGUUAUGCCUCAAGACUUGUUGGAUUCCCUGAAACCCGAGUACGUGGCUCCCUUGGUUCUUUGGUUGUGUCAUGAAAGUUGCCAAGAGAAUGGCAGCUUAUUUGAGGUGGGGGCUGGCUGGAUUGGCAAAUUGCGCUGGGAGCGAACCUUGGGUGCCAUUCUAAGACAAAAGAAUCAACCAAUGACACCUGAAGCUGUGCGCGAUAAUUGGGAACGUAUCUGCAACUUUGAAAAUGCCACCAAACCCCAAAGUACCAAAGAUUCCAUUGACAUUCUGUAUGAGGUGCUGACCAAAUUAGAUGCUGAACAAGAAGUCUCCUCAAACCCUACCAAUGGCAUAUUACCAACCAGCUCUUCAGGGAUUGAUCCAGCUCAAGCAAUAGGUCAAAAAAUUACCGCUCCAGGGAUGUACAGUUACACUAACCUACAACCUAUUCUGUACGCUCUUGGUGUUGGCAUGACAACCAAGGACCCAAAACAUUUGAUGUUUCUUUUUGAAGGACAUGAGAAGUUCUCCUGCUUGCCGACAUUUGGGGUAAUCCCUGCCCAAUUUGUUAUCUUCGGUGGUGGGUUUGCAUCUGUUCCUGGACUGAACCUAGAUUUUACAAGGGUGUUACAUGGUGAACAAUAUUUAGAGCUAUACAAGCCACUACCAACGUCAGGACAACUAAAGUCAGAGGCUACCAUUGCUGAUGUUCUUGAUAAGGGAUCUGGAGCUGUCAUAAUUGUGGAUGUUUAUACAUAUAAUGGCGGAGAUUUAAUUUGCUAUAACCAGUUCACUCUAUUUGUUGUGGGAGCUGGAGGCUUUGGUGGAAAAAGAACAUCUGACAAAGCAAAGGUUACCAUGAAUCCACCCAGCAGGGCCCCAGAUGCUGUGAUGAAUGAUAUCACCAGUGCUGACCAGGCUGCUCUGUAUCGACUCAGUGGAGACUGGAACCCUUUGCAUAUUGACCCAAACUUUGCUGCUCUAGGAGGUUUCAAACAGCCUAUUCUGCAUGGGUUGUGUUCUUUUGGGUUUGCUGUUCGACAUGUCUUGAAGCAGUAUGCAAAUGAUGAUGUGACGAAAUUCCAGGCUAUGAAGGCUCGCUUUGCAAAGCCAGUGAUUCCAGGACAGAUGCUGCAAACCGAAAUGUGGAAAGAAGGAAAUCGCAUACAUAUUCAAAUGAAGGUAAAAGAAACAAGUGAUGUUGUCCUUGCAGGAGCAUAUGUGGAUCUAAAGAACACUGCAGAUGAAUCCACAACUAAUAAUGUCGGCAAGCAGGAAGGAGAGCUUCAAAGUGACCUUGUGUUUAGAGAAAUCAGCAGACGCAUUAAAGAUGUUGGCAAGGAGCUGGUGAAGAAGGUGAAUGCAGUCUUCCAAUGGGAUAUCACUAAAGAUGGAAAAACUGCAGCCCAGUGGACUAUUGACCUGAAGAAUGGAUCUGGUGAGUUGUAUAAAGAAGAAGCAAGGAAUCAAGCUGACACAGUCUUUACAGUGUCAGAUGAAGAUUUCAUGAAAGUGGCAUUAGGAAAUCUCAAUCCUCAAAAGGCUUUCUUUGCAGGUAAACUGAAGGUGAAGGGAAACAUCAUGCUGAGUCAGAAACUUGAAAUGAUCCUUAAAGAUUAUGCAAAGCUGUGAGAGAAUAUUGUGACGACAAUGAAGUAUAUCUUGAAGCAGUAUCUCUGCAUGUGCAUCUAUCCUGUUCACAGGACUACUCAAAAAGCUUUCAGCAAUAAAUUUCAAAAUUGUUAUUCUUGUCAAAUCGUAUAACAAUAUAAUUGUUGAUAAAACAUUCUCUUGAAACUAACUAAAAUAAUGUUGAAGCGAACGACACCUUGUUUUAAAGCUAAAUUUGAUGAUGACUUGCCGACAUAGUCUCCUGUGCUUGGUUUAAUUGUGUGGGAGAUGUUCAGUAUGUAACAUUGCAGUGUGAUUUCCCCCCUCCCCACCACAAACUAUAAUGAGAUGUAUUGUUUGUCACUCUAUUGUGGCCAGGUUUCUGAUAAGGAACCUGUUAGUUAUAUUUACUUUUGAGGUUCUCAUUAUUUUGAUCCACAUGUUUUUCUGCAUUGGAAAUUAUUGCCUCUUUGGAUGAAAGCAACUGUAGGAAGAAUGAGAAGAAUUUUUCUCAUUAUGUUACACCACUCAGCCAGAAGCUUGGUCUAAUUAUUUUGUAGGACUAGCUAUAAUUUUUCUGAAAGUAGAGAAAAAUAUUCCUCUUCCUUCCACUUUGUUGUCCAGUAUGAUGUCUUAAAUAAGACAUUGCUUUUAACCAUUUUAAAGUCAAUGAGGGGAGAAUAGUUCAAAAUAAUUUUGUAUAUUCCCUAACAUUUGGUUACACAAUGUUUUGUUUUAAAAUGUUUUGAGCCCUCAUUUGGGUGCCCAGUCAGCAAUGUAAGUGCUUUGAGAUGUCCUCCUGCCAUGAAAGGCUCUAUAUAAAUGUAAAUUAUAUUGAAAGUUUGAUUUGUUUUGUUGAUAUGAAUGUGGUAGGUAAUCCCACUAUUUACUAUAUUGGAGGGAGCUCUCUAUUCAACUUAUUUUGAAAUAAACUAGAAUUUCUAAGCAAGCUAAAGAGAAGAUAUGCACCAUGGAGUUACUGUUUAUGUUGUGUUACCCAUUGGUUCUGUUGUGCUAGUGACCCCAAGAGGCAGUUUAUUCAGCCACUUUUGGUUUGUUCACUGGUGCUGAUAAAAACAAGAAACAGCUGUUAAAUAUUUUAAAUUAUUCCAUUUAGCUAAUCGAACAAAACACCCUCCCUACCGCACAGAUAGUCAGUGCUCUUGAGUUAUAGAGGAUUUUUCUACUUUUGCUCAGCUUGGCGAUUACUGGUUAAAUUAGGCUAAAUUUCACCAGGACACAACAGUGUGUACUCGAGGUCAACAGGGUGUAACUAUUGUGUUUGUAAGCAAUUGAAAGCAAAUAGGGUAAAAGUUUUCUUUUAGUUGUAUGUUUAUUCUCUAAUUUGUGUUGUUAAUGAAACUCAGUAGAAAGUAUUCUUGGUUUAAUAAAUCAGGUAUAAUAUUCCUAAUACAGUUUUCAGGUGGGUAAUAACAUAAUUGUAAUAAUAAUAAUAAUCCUCGUAUUUGCUUUAGCGCUUUCCACAUCUUCCAGAUGUCUCACAGGGCUUCAUAGAACAUACAGUAAAAUGAAUUGACCGUAUAUUUGCGGGUGAAACGUGGCAGCCAAUUGCACACAGCAGUGUCCCACAAACAGUCGUGGAUUGAAAAUGACCAAUUUAUUAUUGUUUUGUUUUGGAGGGAUUAUUAUUAAUUAAAGAAAUAAUCACAAGUAAUUGACUUAAAUUUGAAUAAUUUUGAACAUUAUUUUUAAUAAAUUAAUUUUU